AUGACUCAAGAAACACACUUCUACAUCAAUCAACAAGACUGGAGUGAGAUAACUGCUGACACUUACCAGAGUAGCUCGUUCAGCAUUGAUGCACCAUAUGGGUACCAGCUUGACUUAGGUUUUGUAAAGUACGUGGAUGACAUUGAGCGUAGUGACACCAUUCGCCGACAGGAUUUUAACAAGAGGUCCAGGGUGGCCAACCCUGCCUCUGAGCCACAAAGCAUUGUAAGCCACACAAGAAACUGGACAUCCUCUGAGUCUUUGUCCUCUCUAAGCAGUGAUGAGGCCAAGAAAACCUCUCAGUCCUCAUCAUCAUCCUCUUCCUCUGUCAACAGAAGAAGACCCCCGCUUCCUCAUUCCCAUUCCAAACCUAAUUUCACAAGUCAAGCACCAGAAGUCUCUCAAGGUCUUUCCAUCUCUCAGAGGAAUUCGGAUGUGACACCUCUCCCAGCCACACAACAUCCUACCGCAACCAAAUCAAAUCCUCUCGUUGAAAAAACCUUGAUGGAAACAUGCAAGCGUUUGGAACAAGAGAAAGGAUCAUCCCAGACAGGACCUUUAGAACCACACCCACGAUGUCGGCUGGCCAGUUUUGGUGGUCUUGGCUCUUGUGGUACCCUAUCUCCUUACACUAGCUGCAGCGCCCUAAAUCAAGGCAUUUAUAAAGGUGCCAAGAUGACGGUCCCAGACCCACCCAGCCCAGGUACCUUGUUAGUGAGGAGCUGCCUUAAAAUCAGCCCCUCAAGCUCUGGCCGGGCAUCUCCAGUAAGCAGUGUCAGCCCACUCCAUCUACAGCUGAUCAGGGAUCAGAUGGCAGCUGCUUUACAGAGGCUAAAAGAACUGGAGGAGCAGGUAAAGAUUAUACCUGUUUUACAGGUGAAGAUUUCUGUUUUGCAGGAAGAAAAGAGACAACUGACUGCCUUGGUCAAGGGCCAACAUGAACAAAAAACAGGCUCCAGCGAUGACAUAGAUUUACAAGGAUUGAACAAGAAGCAAGCACACAUCAAAAGUUGUCCACCAGAAUUACAACAGAAAUCUGGGACUGAUGAAGAGAUUGAGGGCAAUAAGAGGUCCUCUGGAGAGAUGGAGGGUUGGGAGCACAGGAGCCUCUCUGGUCUUUUAGAGUUCAAACAGCUUAGUGUAGAAAUGCAACUGCUUGAAAGGAAGAUCCAAGAUGCACGUCUUGAGACUCAACAAUCCUUCAGGACAAGGGCUUGGAAAUCUGUUGCCGUGGGAGAUGACAAGAGCAUUGAUGAAGCUGAGACACGAUCAGUGGGUGUCGAAGUCACAGAGACUAUGCUCGGCAUGGUAGUAGACAAGGACGAAGAAACUGAGUUGCAGCAGCAAACCAUUCAACUUUUGAGUGACAGGAUACAAACACUGCAGGCAGAGCUUAAAGAUGCAAUGCUUACAACAGAAAUGGGCAGGCUGAGGAGUGAACUACGGGAAGCAGAAUCUAGAAACCGUGCUGACAAGAGUUCUACUGCACACCCACAGGUGGACUGCACAGCUACACAGACUGGGUCACAAAGUCACACUCUUGAAGUUGGAAACAAAACCCAUCUCGUAAAUUCUGCAGUUGGGGGAGGGAUAGAACGUAUUUCAAUUGCUGUUGGAGUGUCCUGCAAACCUGAAAUGAGGGCUGUUUCCUCUGGCCCAGAUGUAUCUAUGGAAGAGUGGGAAGUGCGGAAAAAAGUAGAGAGAAAAGACCAGUGUGUUGGAAGCAAGUGUGUGCCAAUGUGCAAUCAAGGUGCUGCAACGACAGUGCAUAUGUGUGAUGCUGGCACGAUUACCUUGGAGACAAUGGAGACCCUGAACAAGAGGGAAACUUCGCACAGAACAGUGGGCUGUGGUGACUGCAUGGUAGAUGGGAAUGUCAGUGUGGUCAAAUCACUAAUUUCCCAGGGUACUGUCACUGACCCUGUGCGAAGCUUUGACUUUGCUGUAAUGGCAAUCCCGCAGACGAUGUCACAGCGUACCAGUACAGAUGUCAGUACUGUUUCCCGCAGCACCAGCACUUUGCAUGCCUGUAUCUCUGAAGCCUGCACCAACACAAAACUCACACUCACCAGGGAAAGACACACCAACACAGCACAUACACUCACCCGAUCUCUGGCAGUUGGAGAUGGGAAAGUUUGCGACUGGGUGUCUGCUGUUCAAAAGCGCUCUGUUUCUGUGGGAACCAAUUCAUGUGUAGAAAGAGGCACAAUCACAACUGCUUUCCCUAAAGUGAUGAUGCGUGACACUGGUGUUGGAUUAGCAAAUAUCAACGAGAACUUCCUGAUUGGACUCCGCACACGGAACAUAGCAUGUGGUCCAUCCCGUUUACCUGAUCCAGUCAAGACGCGUAGCAUUGGUGUGGAGGUAGGUGACGGGAGGAUACGCGACAUGGAGGGGCAGAUGUUUGUGCAGGAUGAGCCAGGACUUGAUCAUUACAUAGGUCGCAUGCAAAGAUUGCUUAAAGAACAGCAGGACCUGUUGACCGACACCCACCCUGGCUCAAAAGAUGAGACCACCCUCCAAUCCUAUGGUCACUUAGAUACACAAGUUGGAGUCACUAGACAAAGCCAGAAAUCAAAUGCGGAUGAGAGUUCAAGGAUUAAACAGAGGAAUCAAAUGGAGCUGCAGAUGUCCGCUGCUCUUCAUGGCCCACCUAGUGAUGAGCACUGUCUCAGGUCCAUAAUGAAAAGGAAAAGCAUCAAUCAGAAGUCCACAGAUAACCCUAAGCCUGAAGCUCAUGGAGGUAUUGGGAACCCCUUGUCUGAGGUUGAUGAUUCUGAGGGUGAAGAGAAGAAAAAAGUUGAAAAGAAGGAGACAGAAGGGAGUGCCAAAGAUAAUGUGAAGAUUACCAAGAGGAAAGAAAGGAAUAAAUUUAGUGAGAAGAUUCUUUCUGCCUGUCGAACUCUGGAGGUGCACCUCAAAGGCAGCAAGGUCAUAUCGAACAGAGAACUGCAAUCCUGCCUAAACACAGUACAGCAAGAGUGGUUCUGUGUGUCCAGUCAGAAGAGGGCAUGCCCACAAACUGUAGAGGACUUCCUCUGUGCUUGUUGCCAUGUCUCACCUGACGUGCUGUACUAUGUGGCCAAUAUGGCUGACCAAAAUGGCAACACAGCCCUCCACUACAGUGUGUCUCACUCCAAUUUCAGUGUAGUAAAGAUUCUACUAGAUGCAGGGGUGUGUAAUAUAGAUCAUCAGAAUAAAGCUGGCUACACCCCUAUAAUGCUUGCCUCUCUGGCUGCUGUGGAAACUAAAGAAGCCAUGAUGGUGGUACGAGAACUAUUCAGCAGGGGAGAUGUUAAUGCUAAGGCCAGCCAGGCUGGUCAGACAGCUCUCAUGUUAGCAGUCAGUCACGGGCGUAUAGAUAUGGUCAGGGCUCUGCUAUCUGCUGGUGCAGAGGUCAACGUCCAGGAUGAUGAGGGGUCAAGCGCUCUCAUGUGUGCUGGUGAACACGGCAAUGCCGACAUUGUCAAACUCUUACUGGCCCAGCCAGGCUGUGAUGCCACACUGACUGACAAUGAUGAGAGCACUGCUCUGUCUAUAGCUCUGGAGGCCGGACACAAAGACAUCGCUAUGCUCCUCUAUGCCCAUGUCAACUACUCAAAGGGCCAAACUAGGGGAUCCCCUCGAAGCAAGACUCCAUCCGCUUCAUCAUGCAUAAGCUCUUCUGAUUGAUAGGACAUUUUUCCAUGCUCGCUUCCUCCAUUCAGACAUCUCAUAAUGACUCAUUCAAUCAAAUGCUUUUAUUUCACAG